AUGGAAGAAGCUGUUAAGUUGCUGCAGGAACAAGAUGCAGCAAAACAAAUGAAGAAGCUGAGGCCUAAAAAAUUCCGUUGCGAAUAUUGUGACGUCGCAUUCAGCAACAACGGACAACUUAAAGGUCACAUUAGAAUUCAUACUGGGGAACGACCAUUUAAAUGCGACUUCGAAAACUGCGGAAAAAGCUUCACUCGUAACGAAGAAUUGACAAGACACAAGAGGAUUCAUACUGGAGACAGACCGCACGUAUGUCACUUUUGUCCUAAACGUUUUGGACGCAAAGAUCAUUUGAAGAAGCAUGUGAAGACCCACUUUCUUCGUACAGGAUCAUUUGGAUUUGACGAAUCGACUUCGGCAUUUAAUAUCUUUAGGCGACAAUCAGGAUCAUUAUUACCUGUGACGUCGCCUUUGUCAACGCUCGCAGCGCCAACAUUUGCACCACCAAUGAUGCCGUUGUCACCAUCGAUGAUUUCAUCACCAACUUUGAUGUCAUCAUCAUUGCAAUCACAGUUUUUUCCACCACCAACAAUGAUUCCUUCAUCGUCAUUUCAGUCGACAAUGCCGAUUAUUUCAACACCAACAGCGGUACCAAAAGCAACUCGGCUAGAAGCAUCACAAUCAUCAUUAAUCUCUGAAUCAUCAGCAAUGAUGUUGCCAUCAGAGCUUUCAUCUUUACCAAGUCCAGAUCUUCCAUCAUUACCAGAGUCACCAUGUCCUAAACAUUCUGCAGUAUCACCAUCUUUAACAGAAUCUGCAAUAAAUCACCAGGUGAAUAGAUCAUCAACAAUCAAUGCUUCGAACGUCAGACUAACUCAAUGGACAUGGUAA